UGUAACCUAAUUCGCAUGCCUGUACAAAAUGUCUGCCGAAGAUGAAAUCACAGAUACCAAUUCGGAAGAAAACGCAAAUAAAGGGAAGAAGUCAGCAAAAUAUGACUCAAGUGCUGCAGAUUUAGAAAAAGUAACGGAUUAUGUAGAAGAAACCGAAAUUUCGUCGCAAGAUAUCGGCGAGGCUAUAAGAGUAGCAAAUGAUGAAAAUCAGAAAAAGAAUGUCGCAAAGAAAGAGAAGGAAAAAGAGCUUUCAAAAAUUAAAAUAUCGAAAGAAGAUGUUGAUCUUAUAGUAAAAGAAAUGGAAAUAACGCGUCUUAUGGCUGAGAGAAUGCUUAGGGAACACAGAGGAAAUGUUGUAGACGCACUCAUUGAAUUGACUAAUUGAAGUGGUUUAAUUUUUGUAUCUAGGUUAAUUUUCUUUACAUAAAUUUGCAUCAUGAAAACGUGAGUUUUGUGUAUAACAUUUUAUUUUUACUUUCAUCAUUUGUUCCCAUGCAUGAACCUGUAAAUGUCUGGACAAUUUAUUGUAAAAACCUUACAUAAAAUGGAAAAACCUUCAA